GAACUACAUUUGUUUACAUUUUUAGAAAGAUUUUGCAAUGACAGUUUUCGUUUCACGUCUAAAUGAGUCACUGAAUAAUUUGAACAGUAGAAAUUAAAUGUUUCAGGUGUAAAAGAAAAAACUAGUUUACAGGAGAACAACUAAAACACAUCAAGAUGUACAGUAAUCAGUAUAGCAGAAGUUCAGGCUAUGGCCCCCCUCCACCAGCCGCCCAUUCCAAUCAGCUACAGAUGGACGAUACAGCCAUUACAGCUCUACUUCAGAAUAAAAGUAUGGCUGAAUUACAACAGAUUCUAGAAAAUGAAGGAAAAUUAGAUGACAUUAUACAAGAUUUACAACAGGUAAAGAAUAUAAAUACAGAACGUGAAACAUCGUUAGCGAGUAAUAAAUCAAUAGCAGAUUAUAAUCUUUCCUUACAACCUCGAUUUGAACAGUUAAAACGUGAAGUAGCUACUGAAUAUGAACAAUUAAAUACUUUAAAAACAGAACUGGCAACAGAUAUUGCCAAAUUAGAUCAACAUUCUAGUCAACAAUCAUUAGAUACAUUACUAGCUGUUUUACAAACAGAGGCUGCUAAAGCUGAAGAACAGACAGAGGAUUUGGCUUCAGAAUUUUGUUCAAAGGAAAUAGAUGUGAAUGAUUUUCUACAGAAGUAUAUACCCAGUCGUAAAGAAGCUCAUACCAAAAGGAUAAAAUCAGAGAAAAUGGGUGAAAUCAUUCGUAACCCCAGUUCUUCUGUUCAUAUUAAUUAUUCUAGCAGUGUCUCUACAUCUAUAACUUCGUACAGUUCCUCCAGUCAAUCAGCCCCCUACCCUAGCAACAAUGCCAUGCCUGUCCCUAGAAUGCCCUAUGGUGGUAUGGGCUACUGAACAUCACUACAACCUUCUUUGAAUUAUUUAUUUUUUGGGUUAUCAUUUUUCAUGGAAUUCAUUAUUACCCACAAUUUGAUAUUCCAAGAGAUCAGUAAAAAUAAAUGAAAAUUAAUAUAUCCAAAUAAACCCAUAGAUUUUGGUAUUAAGAGGGAGGAUGUUCAUAGAAACUCCUAGUUAAAACUGUGGCCUGUUGGUUUCAGUGAAAUAUGAAAGGUGUGAAUUUAUUUCUAUUUCGGAAUCUGUUAUCAUAGAAGAUAGAGAUAUAUGCACAAUACUAAAUACACUGAUU